UAACGUAAAAAAAAACAUUAGUAGCAAUGGUCGCGGUAGAAGGGGAGUGUUUUUAAUUUCUAGUGAUUUUCAGGUCAGUAUAGUUAUAAUGUACCACUGUUUGUAAAAAUCGUGUAUUAUUUUAACAAUACAGUAUGUGCGCAAGAUACCCACGAGUGCAGCGAUAAAUUGAUAACGAUGGACAGUUUAUAUUUAUUUCUAAUCGGAUUUUUUAGAAAUAAAGUGUCGACUACUAUAUACGAAUUACUCAUUUGAAGACAAUAAUUAAGCAGCAUCACGAUGAACCGCGGGGCCCGCGUCGAGCCGACGCCGCCGGAGUGCGCGCUCGCCGCCGAGAUGUUCGAUCACUUCUGCUCGGCCGGCACCAUGAAACAGAUCCUCGCUCUGCACCGGGAGAUCUGCAACACGCUCAACCUCAAACCCAACAGACUACCGGACUUCUAUCCUAAGUUAAAGGCGAAACUCGCGAACUCAUGGAAGGCCCAGGCUUUAUUCAAGAAGUUCGACGCGCGCGCCAACCACAAGGUGUACGCCAAGGGCAGGGCGUGCGCCGCCGGGAAGGUGCUCAUCAUCGGCGCCGGGCCGUGCGGCCUGCGCGCCGCCAUCGAGUGCCAGCUGUUGGGAGCUAAAGUUGUGGUGAUAGAGAAACGCGACCGCAUGUCCCGGAACAACGUGCUGCACCUGUGGCCCUUCGUGAUCCAGGAUCUGCGCGCGCUCGGCGCCAAGAAGUUCUUCGGCAAGUUCUGCGCCGGCUCCAUAGACCACAUCAGCAUCAGGCAGCUGCAGUGUAUACUCAUGAAGGUGGCGCUACUACUCGGUGUGGAGUUGCACGAAGGCGUCAGUUUCGAGGAACUCUUAGAACCUUCUGUCAACGAAAAUUCUGAAACUCUAGGUUGGCGAGCGCGCGUCCUGCCCACCGACCACGUGGUGUCUCAGUACGAGUUCGACGCUCUGCUUGGAGCGGACGGCAAGAGAAACACCCUCAACGGGUUCAAGAGGAAAGAGUUUAGAGGCAAGCUCGCCAUGGCUAUCACAGCCAACUUUAUCAACAGGCACUCUGAACAGGAAGCGAGCGUGCCGGAGAUAAGCGGCGUGGCGUUCAUAUUCAACCAGAAGUUCUUCAAGGAGUUGUAUGAGGUGACCGGCAUCGACCUGGAGAACAUCGUCUACUACAAGGACGAUACGCACUACUUCGUGAUGACCGCCAAGAAGCACAGUCUGCUCGACAAGGGCGUGCUGCUCAACGAUUUCGCGGAAGUCUCUCGUCUCCUGAGCGUGGAGAACGUAGACCGAGCGGCGUUGAUGCGUUACGCGCAGGAGGCUGCUCGCUUCUCGACGGACGGCCGCCUGCCGCUGCGGGACUUCGCGCUCAACCACUACGGGGAACCCGAUGUGGCUCUGUUCGACUUCACCUCGAUGUAUGCGGCGGAGAAUGCUAGUCUGGUGUACGAGCGUCACGGCCGCCGCCUGCUGUGCCAGCUCGUCGGCGACAGUCUCCUGGAACCGUUCUGGCCGACGGGGUCGGGCUGCGCGCGAGGCUUCCUCUCCGCCCUCGACGCGGCCUGGGCGGUGCGGGCCUGGGGACAGACGCCCACGCCGCACCCGCUGCAGGUCAUCGCCGAGAGGGAGUCCAUAUAUCGGCUGCUAGCUCAAACGACCCCGGAGAACCUGCACCGCGACUUCGGCGGCUACACCCUGGACCCGGGCACUCGCUACCCGAACCUCAACCGUGCGGCCGUCACUCCCCAUCGUGUGACGUCGUUCUACGACUCAGACGACCCUCUGCCUCUGGACGCCGCUCCCACCGCUAGGAAGAGGCGUAGAGAGGCGGAGGUCCCGGAGGAGGCGCUGGUGUCGUGGGUGGCGUGGCCGGAGCCGGGGCUGCGUGCGGCCUCCAGCCCGGCCGCCGUCACCGAGCUGCUGCGCCGCUACCGGCCCGACCUGCUGCCCGCCGCCGCCGCGCCGCGCGCCGUCUACCACAUCCUGCACCAGGAGUUUGGCAUAGCGCCGUUCUCGUCCGGCGGCACUCUCCGCGACGUCCCGGACGCUAAGCUCCGCUCGUACCUGACGCGCGUCUACAACGCGUUCAAGGGCGAAGUGCCGCACGUCCACCACCAGACGGACGUCUUCGACCAGAUCAAACAGAGCAUGCAGAAAGAGAAACACGUUCGGAACAUUGAACAUCCCGUUUCUGUGUAUGCGAUUGCGGUCGACGCCGACAAAUCCCACUCGAGCUACAGAAAGAAACGUCGCUCGGUGCGUCCCACACAAGUAAGUAACGACCCCGCCGAGUACAUACGCAAAAAGAUCGGGAAACUAGACCUUAACGACAUCACACAGCUGGCCCGCCUCAUAGACGGGCACGACAGCGUCCACGACACCGACAGACAGGCGGACAAACAGAAAGACUUGCAGGAACAGAUCCUAGCUUUACUCGACCCUGAAGAGUCCCCCGACCCUACGCAGCUACGACAGUCCUUAGCCCAACUGCUACAAGGUACUACGAAGGUCAAAGUCAAGGAGCCGAAUAAGUUAGCGCAUUACUUCCAAGAGGAUAAACCCAAGCCGGUGAAACCUCCGCGAAGGUUGAAAGGUCUCGACGCGAGCUCCAUAAGGGUACCGGACUUCUCAGAUAUCUUUGAUGACUCCGAUACAGACGCGACCGUUGUCAAAGUCGAGAACAAAAAGUCCUUCAGCAGGUCACCGUCUAUAGACAGUGCGAAGAAACCGAAUCACUUCAGAUCCUCGUCUAUUGAAAGCGGCAAAAAGUUCACUCGGUCGUCAGAAAGCCCACUACCACAGAAAGGUAGACGAUUAUCGGAAGUAGCCGACAGUCACCGAUUAAGAAACUCAUACAGUCCCGAAAUCAACGUACCCUACAAACGGUCCAACUCCAUAGGUGCGAGCGAGAUAGCAAACACUAAACGUAUAGCCCAACUAUUCGAGGGACACAAACGGAGACACACGCCCAGCCCCGAAUCGAGGACGAAACGAUCAAGUUCCGUCACCAAUCCAGAGAUGGCGUUACGUUUGCAACGGAUGACGGAAAUCAUCGAAGGAAAACGCCGAGACACCCCGAGCCCGGACAGGACCAAGAGAGAAGUCCUAGGAAACCUAGACAUGGCUGGACGAAGACAAAGAGUCGUCGAACUAAUCAAACAAGGCCAAGGACUCGGCCAAGAUCAAUUGAAACUCCCCGAAGUGCCGCAAAGAAGGAACAGCGACGAGAUGUCCUUCAAAAUGCAACGCGUAUCGGAUAUAAUGCAGCGAAAAUCAGCCGAAUCGAAACGACCUAAAACAGGCAGAAGGAAAGCUGCCCGAGAGAUAAUGAAACAGCGCUUCGAGAAGAGUCUUCAGAUGUUAGCGGCCGAACCUCGUCUCGACUUCGCGCCGUCAGCCGACCUCGAGAACGACUACGGGCUGCAGCAGUACCGCGCCAGCGCCCCGCAGUUCGGGGAGCGAGUCAAGAAGCUCGAGAAGAAACUCCAGCACUAUGAGGAGGGGCGUAUAGUCGGCGGGGGCGGUCGCACGGCGGGGGGCGGGGCUCGCGUCGCCCGAUUGGCCGCCGAACUCAGCGGAACCACCUCCAACUCCCCAACGCCGCGACCUUCGUCCAAACCGAAGGACCUCAUGCGAUCAGUAGGCAAGAUAGAGCGAGACGACUGGAAUAUGAAGGAGAUAGAACGAAAGAUCAUGGAGAACAGGCUCGGUAGGCCCGAGCCGAAGACUGCCGAACGAGUGCCGAAGUGGGAUAGAGAACAGUUCUUGGGUCGCCAACGCAAGCUGAAGGAGGGCGAGGGCAACGAGGAGAAGUGGGUCGAGAUCGACGAGACUCUGCACAAACUCGACCAGAAACUCAAGGACUCCGGCAGACCCGACCAGGGAACUAAGAAGGUUGCGAACCUUGCUACAAAGUUCGUGAAAACCGAACCGGUGGCCGAACAGUCCAAGGUGGUGCCCAAAGAGACCAAGGAGGAGUCUAAGAAGAGUUGGCGCGGUCCCGCCUUCACGGGCAUGCAGUGCGCGGCGUGCGGUACUCGCGUGUUCGCGGCUGAGGGGGUCACAGCCGACGGCCUGCAUCUGCACAGGGCCUGCUUCCGAUGCGCCGUCUGCAAGACUGUGCUGCGGCCUGGCAACUACACAAUGGAACGCUACGGCAGUCGUCUAGUGUGCCUCCGUCACUCGGGCGUGAGCGCGUCUGUGACGGACGCGGGUCACGUCCCGCCCGCCGCGCCCACGCCCGAGAGGAUCAGCAUCGAGCUGUCCGACAGCGGCGCCAGGGAGAUCGACGAGGACGAGUGGACCGACAGGAACUGCCUCGCCUCGGAGACCAGCGGGGCCGGCGGACUCAGCGACGAAGACGAGUCUAGUUCGGACGAGUACCGCGACGCGGCGGACAGCGACAACGAGGCGGCGGCCUCGCCCCCGCCGCCCCCCUCCGCCCCGCGCCCGCACCACUCCGACCUCUACUUCUCGGACGACUCGUUCGGAUACGACGACUAUUCCGACGAUGGUAACGAGUCAUCGGGCAACGAGUCUUGCUCGCGCAUGCGGGCGGCGCGCGAGGCCCGCCGCCGCGAGGUGCCGGCGGACGCGCGCCCGCCCACCGACAGCAGCGAGGUACCGCGCUGCGCCGUCGCCUACCCGCCCGCCAUCCUGGUGACGGAGGCCACGCCCCCGCGCCCCGCCCCGCGCCCCGCCGACUACCCCCUCAGCAGGACGCGCUCCGCCGGCGGACUCGCCACCAAGCGCGCGCUAGAACUCAAGCGACGAUACCUGCUCGGCGAGCCCUCCCCUCCCGCAGUCAGGAAGUCAGACUCCACCUCCCAGAUAGAUACCAAAUUCGAAGCCUUCAGAUCCAGCAUCACAGAGUUCCAGAAGAUGUUGCAUCCCGCGCCUGCUCAACACACACAAAAGCCCGUCGUUACCUUCCAGUUGUCCACCGACGACAAAGCUAAACCAAUGCCGGAUAUCAUCAAGAAUCUAGUCGGCGAUGCGCCCGUAGACCUACUCACUAAAGUCGACUCGCCUCUCAUUAAAGAAUGGAAGGCGGAGUCCUCGAAAGACGAGAAAGAUCCGGACUUGGAUUCGGAUUCGUUAUCCGAAGACGAUUCUUCGAACACCGAGACCGCUCCCAACCAGUCUGUACCGAGAGUGGAGGUCCACGACGAGGGGGGAGAGUUGAUCCAACUGGACAGCUUAAUGUUGAUCACUAGUACCGAGGACGAGAAGGCGUCGGGCACGGCCACGGUGACCGGUACCACGAUACUGGCCGCGGCCGAGUCCGAGUCGUCGGAGUCGUGUCGCGACGCCACUACUCUGGCGCUCACCGAGACCGAGCUCUCGGACUGGGCGGCCGAGAGCGCCGUCUUAGACGACUGCGGCUUCGACGACAAGGAAGAACGGAAGAGGAACAAGAACCCUCGGACAUUGAGCGGUCCCAAACUAGUUCACGACGCCAAGAAUAUAGCAGCUGUCGCGUCGCACGUCUGCGGCCGAACCAGCCCGAGCGAGACUGUCGUGUACUCCAACGCGCUCGAACACUUCGAGUUCGCCGACGAGGGCGACCAGGACCCCUCCCUCGAGACCCCCGCCACGCCCAAGAACGAGGGCUACAUGGAACUGGUGGACAACGACUACGACACCUACUCCCCCGGCAACGACCGGUCCAUGAACUUCAUCGAACGAAGCUUCUCAGAAACAGUGUUCAAACCAGUCAGCCAGGAAAAUAGCUACAGACAAAACUUGUGCUCCAUAGACUUAGAUCAAAUCGAAGAUAUAGACGCCGACACCGAACCACUAGAAACGAAGUCGCCGAUCCUCUUAAAGUCAGUAGAAAACGAAAUCAGCGAUAAAUCGACGAGCGAUAGUUUACACAAAACAGACAGCGUUCAGAGAACAGACAGCAUGUUUAAGACGGAGAGUAUAUUCAAAAGCGAGACCUCGCCUAUAGAGGAGACACGCGAACCUCAAAUAGAAAAUGUUGUAGAAAAUAAAAUAGAAAACUUGAGUUUAUCGGAGUUGUCUCCGCCUUUAGAGGACAAAGUGGUCGAAGCGGGGAAUUCCGAGAUCUCUCCGCCGUUAGUACCUGAGACGCCGAACGUGAAGUACUCGAUGGCGAUAUCGUUCACGUCGCCGUGUACCAUCCGGCUGUACUCGCCGGCCAUCUGCCGCUCCGCCAGCGAGACCUUCAACAGAUCUACCUCACGCAGUACGGACUCGCCGACGCGAAGCUUCGAGCUCUCGGCGUCCAUUAACCUGAGUUCGGGCUCGCUGUCGCCCGUCAGCCCCGUACCGGCUCGCGACACCACAGACAAGGUGCAGGAGAUCAAACGCGAGCGCGAAGAGCAGACCGAGGUUGUAAGGAGAUUGGUUUUGGAACGCUUGGGCAGCGGCCCCAAAGCUGGGCGCAAGUCGGUUAAGAGGUCGCGAGCGUCGCCCGCCGCCGUCCCGCCCCCGGUGCCCCCGCCCCCCUCACUGCCUGCCCCGCCCCCUACGCUUCCGGCCCCACCCCCGCCGCCCCCGCCCCGCCCCGCACCGCCCCUCAUGCCGCUUACAGUCACGCCCUCGUUCUCAGACCCAGAGCUUGCCCGCGAGAGGCGAAGCAAGAGCAUCAUGAAAAGCAUUUCUAAUUAUCUAAACCGGCGGCUGGGACCCCGACACAAGUCGCAUUCGGAUCCGGAUCUUCAGUGGCACGAACCGCAGUCGCUGUCGGGGCCCCACAAGUCGACGGGGGCCCUGCAGGAGGCGCCCCCCGUGCCCCCGCCCCCGGCUAGCUACUGUCCCCCCGUCGAACAUCGGUCUACGCAUCGAAUACCAGCGGCGGGGCUGAGCUCGGGCAGUGCGGCCGACGUGGACGAGCGAGACGCCAUGCAGCUGUGGUUCGAGGCGCGCUGGGCGAGGCUGGUUGCCCAGCGUCGGGCGCGGGAGGAACACCGCGACGAGCCCACCGCCCGCCGCCUCGCGAGGCUCGAGCGACGCCUCACACGGCCUCUGUCUGCUGAACAGCAGGCGGCGACGGUAGCAGAACUAGUGCAAGUGUCCGCGCAGAGGGACGCGCACCAAGCUCUGAUGGCAGCUGAUAGGAGGCGAAGCGCCGGCGGCGGCGUCUGCGACUAGCUCACUCGGCGUCGGUCCCGGGUUCAAUCCGCGCGCACUCGCUAUUACAUAACGCUGAAACACUAAGUUACCUCAUUUUGUGCGGCAUUGGUAUAUAAACACUAGAGACACAGUCCCGAAUAAGAUCAACCGUUACACUAAUUUCAAUCUUAGGUACGUGUUUUAAAGUUGAUUUUACGUCGUCGAUCAAUUUGUGUAUACUUUAAAUUACUCAUCCAAGAACGACGCACAGCAAAAUGUUAAGGCAAUUAAAAAGAUCACUUACCUAAGUAUAUUAUUAAAUGAUGUAACGGUUUACUCACGCGUAUUUAUCGGGGUAGUUCGACUCGCGA